UCGAAAAGAGAAACAAGAAAGAGCGUGCUUGAGAUAGAGAGAGAAGAUCCAGAGCCGCCAUUGGAGCACCUCCGACCUCUCCGUGGCUCUCUAUUUCUCUCGAUUCUUCGAUAUCCAUCCCGAAUGGCAUCUAGGCAUGAGAAGGAUAAGGCUGUGAACGUGCAGGUCCUUCUCCGUUGCAGGCCUUUCAGCGAUGACGAGCUGAGGAAUAAUGCGCCGCAAGUGGUGACCUGCAAUGAUUUCCAGAGGGAGGUUGCAGUUUCCCAAUCGAUUGCUGGGAAACAGAUCGAUAGGGUUUUCACAUUCGACAAGGUAUUUGGCCCUUCAGCCAAGCAGAAAGAUCUCUAUGAUCAAGCAGUAGUUCCUAUUGUAAAUGAAGUUUUGGAGGGAUUUAAUUGUACCAUAUUUGCCUAUGGUCAAACUGGCACUGGGAAAACCUAUACAAUGGAAGGUGAAUGCAGAAGAGCUAAGAGUGGACCCAAAGGUCAGUUGCCUCCUGAUGCCGGUGUUAUACCUAGGGCUGUAAAACAGAUUUUUGAUACAUUAGAGAGUCAAAAUGCAGAAUAUAGUGUCAAGGUUACCUUUCUAGAACUAUAUAAUGAAGAAAUUACUGAUUUGCUUGCUCCGGAAGAGUUGUCAAAAAUUGCUCUUGAGGAGAAGCAGAAGAAGCCACUGCCUCUAAUGGAAGAUGGCAAAGGAGGUGUUCUAGUAAGAGGCCUUGAGGAAGAAAUAGUAACCAGUGCUGAUGAGAUAUUUUCUCUUUUGGAGAGGGGUUCUGCAAAACGUCGCACUGCUGAAACACUGCUGAACAAGCAAUCUAGUCGGUCACAUUCUUUAUUCUCCAUUACUAUUCACAUUAAAGAGGCAACACCUGAAGGUGAAGAACUUAUUAAAUGUGGCAAGCUAAAUCUUGUUGAUCUUGCCGGAUCUGAGAAUAUUUCCAGAUCUGGUGCUAGGGAGGGUCGUGCAAGAGAAGCAGGUGAGAUAAACAAGAGCCUUCUUACUCUUGGUCGGGUUAUCACUGCACUUGUGGAGCACCUUGGACACAUCCCAUACAGGGAUAGCAAGCUAACACGUUUGCUUCGUGACUCAUUGGGUGGGAGGACUAAGACAUGCAUCAUUGCCACGGUUUCACCAUCUGUACACUGUCUUGAGGAAACUCUCAGCACACUGGAUUAUGCGCACAGGGCAAAGAAUAUAAAGAACAGGCCUGAGGUCAACCAAAAAAUGAUGAAAUCAACAUUAAUCAAAGACCUUUACGGGGAAAUUGACAGGCUUAAAGCAGAGGUAUAUGCUGCACGUGAGAAAGUUGGAGUGUACAUGCCAAAAGAAAGGUACUAUCAAGAAGAGAGUGAAAGAAAGGCAAUGGCUGAUCAGAUAGAGCAAAUGGGAGUAUUGAUUGAAAAUAAUCAAAAGCAACUUGAGGCUUUGCAAGACAAGUAUAAUGCCCAACUCCAGCAAUCUGAAGACCUUAGCAAGAAGCUUGAAGCUGCAGAGAAAAGUUUGGAGCAUACCAGUAAGUUACUUGCCACCUCAAAGGAAAAUUUGAGGCAUGCCCAAUACAGUCUCAAAGAAAAGGACUUCAUUGUAUCAGAACAGAAGAAAGCUGAAAGUGCUUUGGCACAGCAAGCCCACACCCUUCAAUCUCAGCUGGAGAAAUCUAUCAGUGAUAACACAUCACUUUUUUCUAAAAUAGCUAGAGAAGACAAACUAAAUACCGCAAAUAGAUCUGUUGUAAACAAUUUUCAUGUGGAUCUCAGUGAAAAGAUCCGUGCCCUAUGUGGAACAGUUGUUACAUCUCUAGAACAACAGAACAAACACCUUCAAUGUGUUGAGAAUCUAUGUGAGUCUUGUCUGGAGUUCCAUGACAAGGCAUUUUCAGAACUCAAGAAAAAAGUCACCACUUCAAGGACUUUAUAUAAUUCUCAUAUGGAGGCGGUUCAAAAUAUAGUUCGGCUGCAUAAUGCAAGCACAAAUGCAAGCCUAGAGGAGAUACUCUCCUUGACAUCGGGCAAUUUUUGUUCUAUUGAUCAACUAUUGACUUUAGGGUCAGGGGAAGCUAAUCUGAUAUUUGAAGAUCUGCAUGGUGCAUUGUCCAGCCACCGAGGAGAGAUAGCACAUUUUGCCCAUGAAUUGCGAGAGAGAUUUCAUAAUAUUCUAGAUCGUACAAAGCAGAUGUCCAGCUUUGUGGUUGGGCUACUUGGCAUGCUUGGUAAAGAAGUGAAGGAUCUUGAAAAUCAUUCUAGCCAUGCCCACGAAGUUCAAGCUAAGAGCAUUGCUGAUUUUCAGAAGGAAUAUGAGGAUCAAUCCAAACGUGAAUCUGAGAAUCUUCUUGCAAAUAUAAAAAAUCUAGUGUCGGAGCACAUGCACAGACAGAAAGAACUGGUCGGCAUCAGGCUUAAUAGUCUAAGAGACGCUGCUGUUGAGAAUAAAGGAUUUUUGGAAGGUUACAUAUCUAUAAUGGAAGGAGUAACAACAGAUGCCAAGAGAAAAUGGGAAGAAUUUUCCAUUAAGGCAGAAAAUGACAGCAAAGACGGAUCUGAUUUCUCGGCUGCCAAGCACUGUCGAAUGGAACAACAGCUCCAGCAGUGUGUAAAUGCGGUUGAUGCUGCUUCUGAGCAAUGGAAGAAAAGUCAUGCUGCUGUCAGUGAGUUGAGUAACAAGCAUACCCAGGAAAUGGAAGCGCUUGUCAGGAGUGCAAUUGAGAUCAAUGAACAGCACGAUGCUGAGGUUUCUUCAGCUCGCGAGGCGGUAGAAGAGGACGUGAUGAAGAGUAACAAAGAACUCCUUGGGCAUUUUGAGAGUGUUUUGGAGCAUGAACGUGAAUGCAAAUCAGAGGUUUUGGCAGCAGUGGAGGCUCAUUCCGGAACGUUGAGACAAUUGCAUGAAGCUCAUAAUAACCAGGCAGAGGUGAUCCAACGGAAUGCCCAUGACACCUUCCAAGACAGAUACAUGGACUAUGAACCGAGUGGAGAGACUCCAAUAAGGUCAGAACCAGAAUUGCCAAGCAAAGCGGCGAUCGAAUCUCUGCGAGCCAUGCCCAUUGACAGCUUAAUGGAGGAGUUCCGGGAAAACAACCCAUACGAGUCUGGCAAGGAGAAGGCUUCACUCAUACCACGCUCACCUCUCAUCCAACUCAACUGAGAGCACUCGCCCUGUUGUAUGCCAUCGUUCAAUGUAGUGUUGUAUUGUAUUAUCACACCUUCACAUUUCCUAUGAGCACCGGUAGCUCCCUUAGCUCCCCCACUAUAUUUUGCACUGUAUAACCGUAGAUGCAAAUGAAGAAAAACACAAUAAUUAUUUUCUU